AUGUCUUCCGCUACGUGCCUCUUUUGCCGGAUUAUCAAGGGUGAAAUCCCUUCCUUCAAGCUCUUCGAGAGUGACAAGGUCUUCGCUUUCCUCGACAUUCAGCCUCUUAGUCGUGGACAUGCGCUCGUAAUUCCCAAGUUCCACGGCGAAAAACUCACCGAUAUCCCGGACGAUCAUCUCACUGAAAUCUUGCCCAUCGCAAAGAAGCUGGCCAAAAUCUCUGGUGCCCAGGAUUUCAACAUCUUACAGAACAAUGGCGGCAUUGCGCACCAGGUAGUCGGCCACGUUCAUUUUCACAUGAUCCCCAAGCCGAACGAGAAGGAAGGUCUUGGUGUUGGAUGGCCUGCCCAGGAAACGGACAUGAAGAAGCUCGAAGCUCUGCAUGAGGAACUCAAGUCUAAGAUGUAA